ACAUGACAUCAGACCAAAUAAUAAUUUGGUAAGCUACAAACCACAAAAAGACUCUUUCUUUAUAGUUGUUUUACUGUGAUCCACUCCAAACCAAAACAUUGUCUCUCUCUCUCUCUGUCUCUCUCACGCUCUAAUCCCCCCAAAAACAGUAUAACCACAAAUAAAGGGAGAGAAUUUCUAACUCUAGCUCUCUCACACCCUUUGUUGUAUUACAAGACUUCCAUUAUUCCCUCUGUUUUCUUCUGUUCUCUUGAAAAAAUGGUAGCAAAGUUGGGUUCUUUCAAGUACAAUUUCCAAGAGAAAAGAGAGAGGUUGCUCUCAACCCAGAAGGGCUACUCCGAGCUGGGCUUCGUCCACAUCGAGGAACAAGAGCAAUAUGGGUCUCCUCGCUGCUGCACUUUUCGAUCAAUUUCCGAUAGAAUUGUGAGCUGGUGCAGGACUGUACAAAAUGUUUCUAACCGGGCAAUUCGGAUGGGUCAAUCCGAUCCGAGAAAGAUCGUAUUCGCGGCCAAGAUGGGUCUGGCCUUGAUGAUCAUUUCGUUGCUGAUUUUCCUCAAAGAGCCUUUCAAGCAGCUCAGUCGUUACUCGGUCUGGGCCAUCCUCACUGUUGUGGUAGUAUUUGAGUUUAGCAUAGGAGCGACUCUGAGCAAAGGAUUUAACCGUGGGUUAGGUACAUUUUCUGCUGGAGGUCUUGCUUUGGGUAUGGCGCACUUAUGUGGGCUAGCUGGAGAGUGGGAAGAAGCUGUUAUUUUCGCUAGUAUCUUUAUCAUAGGAUUUCUUGCAACUUAUGCAAAGCUAUACCCAACAAUGAAGCCUUAUGAAUAUGGGUUUCGAGUGUUCUUGUUGACAUAUUGUUUCAUCAUGGUAUCUGGGUAUAGGACAAGGGAAUUUGUCCAUACAGCUGUGUCACGAUUCUUGCUUAUUGCACUGGGUGCUGGUGUUGGUUUGGGAGUAAAUAUAUGCAUUUUUCCCAUCUGGGCUGGUGAGGAUCUGCAUAAAUUGGUGGUAAAGAAUUUCAUGGGCGUCGCAAAGUCAUUGGAAGGUUGUGUUAAUGGUUACCUUAAUUGCGUUGAAUAUGAGAGAGUUCCUUCUAAGAUUCUUACCUACCAAGCUUCUGAUGACCCGCUUUACAGUGGUUACAGAUCUGCUGUGGAAUCUACCAGCCAAGAGGACGCUCUGAUGGGAUUUGCUAUCUGGGAGCCACCUCAUGGUCGUUACAGAAUGCUUAAAUAUCCAUGGAAGAACUAUGUAAAAGUAGGUGGUGCACUAAGGCAUUGUGCAUUUACGGUCAUGGCAUUGCAUGGAUGUGUACUUUCUGAAAUACAGGCUCCUGCUGAACGAAGACAAGUAUUUCGUAGGGAGCUCCAAAGAGUUGGUUUCGAAGGUGCGAAAGUGUUACGUGAACUUGGAAACAAACUGAAAAAGAUGGAGAAACUAGGUUCUGUAGAUAUACUCAAUGAAGUGCAUGAGGCUGCAGAGGAGUUACAAAAGAAAAUUGACCAGAAGUCAUACCUUCUUGUUAAUUCAGAAAGCUGGGAGAUUGGAAGUCGGCCAAAGGAGGUGGGAGAUCCUCAAGACUUAUUGAACUUGGAUGAUGAUGAAAAUACGUUCCGGGAAUACAAAUCCCUUAGUGAAGCUGUGCUUGAUCUCAGAUCUUUUCCUGUGCCACAAAGUUGGGAUGGCCAAAUGCCUGCGAUGCCAACUGGCGUGAGCCCCAUACCCAUUGAUGUCAACCGCUCCAACCCGCCCGUAGGUUUUUCCUCAGGAAGCAUGUUCAUGAAACAGGUUUCAUGGCCUGCAGGACUGAAAUUUGAGGUUAACGAACCUCCAGUAGCAGAAGAAUCCAAUACCUACGAAAAUGCUAGUCAAUUGUCAUUAGCCACAUUUACAUCCCUGUUGAUAGAAUUUGUUGCAAGGCUUCAAAAUCUUGUCGACUCAUUUGAAGAAUUAAGUGAGAAAGCACGUUUCAAGGAACCUGUCGAAUCACCAGAAGUAUUAGAGCCACCUCGCAGGUUUUGGACCAGAUUGCUCAACUGUCUGAAAUCCUAAAUCAACAUAUCACGUACUAUUCUGCCUUAUUUAAACCUGCUGUUAGUUCAGUUAUAGAAUACUAAGCCACUGAUUUCUGCUGCUGCUGCUGCUGCUGACAUUACUCCCAAGAACAGUCUGGCUUUCUUAGUUGACAAAGAUGAGCAUAUAAUCGUGGAUAUGUCGAUACCUUCGGUUCCGCAGGGGGGGUUAGAUAAUUUGCAGGCUACGAUUAGUAUUAUUACUCAGAGCAUUAAUGGGGAUAAUGAGAACGGAUAUGAAACAAUAUGUUUCUGACUAACACUGCAUAUUGAUGUUGGCAUUUUUAGUUUUUGCUCCGCUAUAUAUUGUAAGAUAACUCUGGAGUUACACGCUUUAAUGAUGAUUCUGUAGUUUAUUUUUCUU